CGUCACGUCAUGGCGCGCCUUGGUGGCGUCAGAGCGGCGUCGGGCCUGGCGGGAAAGUCGAAAACUACGGGCGGCGACGGCUUCUCGGAAGUAAUUUAAGUGCAUAUACUUAAGUGCAUAAGACAUUGGUCAAAAUGGUUUCCAAAAGAAGACUGUCAAGAUCUGAGGAUAAAGAGAGCCUGACAGAAGAUGCCUCCAAAACCAGGAAGCAACCACUUUCCAAAAAGACAAAGAAAUCUCAUAUUGCUAAUGAAGUUGAAGAAAAUGACAGUAUCUUUGUAAAGCUUCUUAAGAUAUCAGGAAUUAUUCUUAAAACGGGAGAGAGCCAGAAUCAACUAGCUGUGGAUCAAAUAGCUUUCCAAAAGAAGCUCUUUCAGACCCUGAGGAGACACCCUUCCUAUCCCAAAAUAAUAGAAGAAUUUGUUAGUGGCCUGGAAUCUUACAUUGAGGAUGAAGACAGUUUCAGGAACUGCCUUUUGUCUUGUGAGCGUCUGCAGGAUGAGGAAGCCAGUAUGGGUGCAUCUUAUUCUAAGAGUCUCAUCAAACUGCUUCUGGGGAUUGACAUACUGCAGCCUGCCAUUAUCAAAACUUUAUUUGAGAAGUUGCCAGAAUAUUUUUUUGAAAACAAGAACAGUGAUGAAAUCAACAUACCUCGACUCAUUGUCAGUCAACUAAAAUGGCUUGACAGAGUUGUGGAUGGCAAGGACCUGACCACUAAGAUCAUGCAGCUGAUCAGUAUUGCUCCAGAGAACCUGCAGCAUGACAUCAUCACCAGCCUACCUGAGAUCCUAGGGGAUUCCCAGCACGCUGAUGUGGGGAAAGAACUCAGUGACCUACUGAUAGAGAGUACUUCACUCACUGUCCCAAUCCUGGAUGUCCUUUCAAGCCUCCGACUUGACCCAAACUUCCUAUUGAAGGUUCGCCAGUUGGUGAUGGAUAAGUUGUUGUCUAUUAGAUUGGAGGAUUUACCUGUGAUAAUAAAGUUCAUUCUUCAUUCCAUAACAGCCAUGGAUGCACUUGAGGUAAUUUCUGAGCUUCGGGAGAAGUUGGAUCUGCAGCAUUGUGUUUUGCCAUCACGGUUACAGGCUUCCCAAGUAAAGUUGAAAAGUAAAGGACGAGCAAGUUCCUCAGGAAAUCAAGAAAGCAGCGGUCAGAACUGUAUUAUUCUCCUCUUUGAUGUAAUAAAGUCAGCUAUUAGAUAUGAGAAAACCAUUUCAGAAGCCUGGAUUAAGGCAAUUGAAAACACUGCCUCAAUAUCUGAACAUAAGGUGUUUGACCUGGUGAUGCUUUUCAUCAUCUAUAGCACCAAUACUCAGACAAAGAAGUAUAUUGAAAGGGUGCUAAGAAAUAAGAUUCGAUCAGGCUGCAUUCAAGAACAGCUGCUCCAGAGUACAUUCUCUGUUCAUUACUUAGUUCUUAAGGAUAUGUGUUCAUCCAUUCUGUCGCUGGCUCAGAGUUUGCUUCACUCUCUAGACCAGAGUAUAAUUUCAUUUGGCAGUCUCCUAUACAAAUAUGCAUUUAAGUUUUUUGACACGUACUGCCAGCAGGAAGUGGUUGGUGCCUUAGUGACCCAUAUCUGCAGUGGGAAUGAAGCUGAAGUUGAUACUGCCUUAGAUGUCCUCCUAGAGUUGGUAGUGUUAAACCCAUCUGCUAUGCUGAUGAAUGCUGUCUUUGUAAAGGGCAUUUUAGAUUAUCUGGAUAACAUAUCCCCUCAGCAAAUACGAAAACUCUUCUAUGUUCUCAGCACACUGGCAUUUAGCAAACAGAAUGAAGCCAGCAGCCACAUCCAGGAUGACAUGCACUUGGUGAUAAGAAAGCAGCUCUCUAGCACCGUAUUCAAGUACAAACUCAUUGGGAUUAUUGGUGCUGUCACCAUGGCUGGCAUCAUGGCGGCAGACAGAAGUGAAUCAUCUAGUUUGACCCAAGACAGAACCAACCUGAGUGAUGAGCAGUGCACACAGGUGACCUCCUUGUUGCAGUUGGUUCAUUCCUGCAGUGAGCAGUCUCCUCAGGCCUCUGCACUUUACUAUGAUGAAUUUGCCAACCUGAUCCAACAUGAAAAGCUGGAUCCAAAAGCCCUGGAAUGGGUUGGGCAUACCAUCUGCAAUGAUUUCCAGGAUGCCUUCGUAGUGGACUCCUGUGUUGUUCCCGAAGGUGACUUUCCAUUUCCUGUGAAAGCGCUGUAUGGACUGGAAGAAUACAACACUCAGGAUGGGAUCGCCAUAAACCUCCUGCCACUGCUGUUUUCUCAGGACUUUGCAAAAGAUGGGGGUCCGGUGACUUCACAGGAAUCAGGCCAAAAAUUGGUGUCUCCACUGUGCCUGGCUCCGUAUUUCCGGUUACUGAGACUUUGUGUGGAGAGACAGCAUAACGGAAACUUGGAGGAGAUUGAUGGUCUACUAGAUUGUCCUGUAUUCCUAACUGACCUGGAGCCUGGAGAGAGGUUGGAGUCCAUGUCUGCUAAAGAGUGUUCAUUCAUGUGCUCUCUCAUAUUUCUUACUCUCAACUGGUUCCGAGAGAUUGUGAAUGCCUUCUGCCAGGAAACAUCACCUGAGAUGAAGGGGAAGGUGCUCACCCGGUUAAAGCACAUUGUAGAAUUGCAAAUAAUCCUGGAAAAGUACUUGGCAGUCACCCCAGACUAUGUCCCUCCUCUUGGAAACUUUGACGUGGAAACUUUAGAUAUAACACCUCAUACUGUUACUGCUAUUUCAGCAAAAAUCAGAAAGAAAGGAAAAAUAGAAAGGAAACAAAAAACAGAUGGCAGCAAGACAUCCUCCUCUGACACACUUUCAGAAGAGAAAAAUUCAGAAUGUGACCCUACUCCAUCUCAUAAAGGCCCGCUGAACAAGGAGUUCACAGGGAAGGAAGAAAAGACAUCAUUGUUACUACAUAAUUCCCAUGCUUUUUUCCGAGAGCUGGACAUUGAGGUCUUCUCUAUUCUACAUUGUGGACUUGUGACAAAGUUCAUCUUAGAUACUGAAAUGCACACUGAAGCUACAGAAGUUGUGCAACUUGGGCCCCCUGAGCUGCUUUUCUUGCUGGAAGAUCUCUCCCAGAAGCUGGAGAGUAUGCUGACACCUCCUAUUGCCAGGAGAGUCCCCUUUCUCAAGAACAAAGGAAGCCGGAAUAUUGGAUUCUCACAUCUCCAACAGAGAUCUGCCCAAGAAAUUGUUCAUUGUGUUUUUCAACUGCUGACCCCAAUGUGUAACCACCUGGAGAACAUUCACAACUAUUUUCAGUGUUUAGCUGCUGAGAAUCACAGUGUAGUUGAUGGACCAGGAGUGAAAGUUCAGGAGUACCACAUAAUGUCUUCCUGCUAUCAGAGGCUGCUGCAGAUUUUUCAUGGGCUUUUUGCUUGGAGUGGAUUUUCUCAACCUGAAAAUCAGAAUUUACUGUAUUCAGCCCUCCACGUCCUUAGUAGCCGACUGAAACAGGGAGAACACAGCCAGCCUUUGGAGGAACUACUCAGCCAGAGCUUCCAUUACUUGCAGAAUUUCCAUCAAAGCAUUCCCAGUUUCCAGUGUGCUCUUUAUCUCAUCAGACUUUUGAUGGUUAUUUUGGAGAAAUCGACAGCUUCUACUCAGAACAAAGAAAAAAUUGCUUCCCUUGCCAGACAAUUCCUCUGUCGGGUGUGGCCAAGUGGAGAUAAAGAGAAGAGCAACAUCUCUAAUGACCAGCUCCAUGCUUUGCUCUGUAUCUACCUGGAGCACACAGACAGCAUUCUGAAGGCCAUAGAGGAGAUUGCUGGUGUUGGUAUCCCAGAACUGAUCAACUCUCCUAAAGAUGCAUCUUCCUCCACAUUCCCUACACUGACCAGGCACACUUUUGUUGUUUUCUUCCGUGUGAUGAUGGCUGAACUAGAGAAGACAGUGAAAAAAAUUGAGCCUGGCACAGCAGCAGACUCGCAGCAGAUUCAUGAAGAGAAACUCCUCUACUGGAACAUGGCUGUUCGAGACUUCAGUAUCCUCAUCAACUUGAUAAAGGUAUUUGACAGUCAUCCUGUUCUGCAUGUAUGUUUGAAGUACGGACGUCUCUUUGUGGAAGCAUUUCUGAAGCAAUGUAUGCCGCUCCUAGACUUCAGUUUUAGAAAACACCGGGAAGAUGUUCUGAGCUUACUGGAAACCUUCCAGUUGGACACAAGGCUGCUUCAUCACCUGUGUGGGCAUUCCAAGAUUCACCAGGACACGAGACUCACCCAACAUGUGCCUCUGCUCAAAAAGACCCUGGAACUGUUAGUUUGCAGAGUCAAAGCUAUGCUCACCCUCAACAAUUGUAGAGAGGCUUUCUGGCUGGGCAAUCUAAAAAACCGGGACUUGCAGGGUGAAGAGAUUAAGUCCCAAAAUUCCCAGGAGAGCACAGCAGAUGAGAGUGAGAAUGACAUGUCAUCCCAGGCCUCCAAGAGCAAAGCCACUGAGGAUGGUGAAGAAGACGAAGUAAGUGCUGGAGAAAAGGAGCAAGAUAGUGAUGAGAGUUAUGAUGACUCUGAUUAGACCCCAGAUAAAUUGUUGCC